AUGGAGCAUCCCUCUCAUGUUGCUGGUCUAGACAAGAACAAAAAGGAAAAGAAGAAGAAAGGGAAGAAGAUCAUGGAGAGGCCUCGUGAAACAGUGGAUGAAGAAAAUAGAGUUUUGAAGGGAGAUGGAUCUAGUGAAGGAAACGAAGCCUUAAAAGAGCAUGAUUUCAGUGCAAAAAACCGGAAACAAAAGGUGAAGAAGAAGAAGAAAAAGAACAUGGAGAGUGAUGAUGAAUUUCCAGGGAAGAAUAAUUCUAGCGCCAGUGCAGACACUGCUGAGAAGGAAGCAGCAAAGGAGCUGCCUUCAUCUAAUUCCAACGCAGCCAAGAAGAAAGGGAAGAAUACAAAGAAUGAUGGUGGUUCUACGACCCUAACCAGUGUUGUCAUAGAUCAACCCCCAACAAAUGGGACAUGUGCUAAUUUGGUGAAAAUUUAUGGAUACAAAUGCCAAGAACUCGAAGUGGUAACCGAUGAUGGAUAUAUACUUAGCGUGCAAAGAAUACCGGAAGGUCGUGUUGGUACCGGUGGCAAUGGUGAUGCAAAGAGGCAGCCAGUUCUAAUACAACAUGGGGUCCUUGUAGAUGGAAUGACAUGGCUUCAGAAUCAACCGGAACAAAAUUUACCAACCAUUUUAGCUGAUCAAGGGUUUGAUGUCUGGAUUUCUAACACUAGAGGCACCAAAUUUAGCAGUCGACACACCUCUCUUCACCCCAAUCAACAGGAAUUUUGGAAUUGGUCAUGGGAUGAAUUGGCAAAAUUCGACCUUCCAGCACUCUUUGAUUACGUGUACAAUGAAACAAGACAGAAGAUACAUUACGUAGGUCAUUCUCAGGGAACUUUGACAGCUAUGGCAGCAUUAUCGGAAGGAUUAUUGGUGGAGAAGAUUAAAUCAGCUGCUUUGUUGAGCCCUGUUGCUUACUUGAAAACCACAAUAUCAUUGCUUACUCUUAUUUGUAAAGAAACAAGUGUAUGCCCCAACUGCUGCCUCAAUGGCUCCACUUAUCAUCUCUUUGCAAACAAUCAGCCUCAACCUACAGCAAUGAAGAACGUCCGGCACUUUGGACAAACCAUUCGCAACGGGUUCCUGGCAAAAUACGACUAUGGAUCUUCUGAGGCUAAUAUGCAGCGCUAUGGAAAAGCGAAACCACCUGUUUAUAAUCUUUCUAAUAUCCCCAGUGACUUGCCUCUCUUCCUCAGCUAUGGACUGCGAGAUGGACUAUCUGAUGUUCAAGAUGUUAACCUCUUGCUUGACAUUCUCAAGCCCCAUCAUGAUGCUGACAAGCUCACUACUCAAUACAUCAAGGAGUAUGCUCAUAUGGAUUUCAUUUUUGGAGUAAAUGCUAAAGAUGUUGUGUACAAUCAAGAAGAAGAACAAAGUGCUCAAGAUGUAGCGUUGAAGCAGAAGGAGAGAAGAGAGACGCAAGAGGAGGGAGAGGAGGAGGAGAAAGAUGUCAGAUUAUCUCCCAGAAGACAUCUUGACAAAUAUCCUAGCAAGAUUGCCAGUGAAGCCAUUACUGCAAUUCAGAACGAAAAUCGUUACUUUUUGUACCCAGAUAAGGAUUUUCCUACAUGCAAUGGAGAGAAACUUGAUUUCCCUCCUCAUGAGGGAAAAGAUUAUGAAUCUGACGUCUUGUUCGAUAUGGUCUCCCUUGUGGGUUCAUGUAAUGGUGUAUCUUGUCAAAUUGAUGACCGUUAUGAUGAUGAUAGGUCCAAAUAUUGGGCUUUUCUUUGGAAUCCUAGUAUUAGAAAGACUGUCCCUGUUCCUCAUCCAAAGGAGGCAAAAUUGCCGCCAUUGGCUGAGGUUUACUCGUUGAAGAGUGGAUGCUGGAAAAUGUUGGAAAAUGAUCUGAAAUAUGUGAUUAAGAGGGGUUCAAGCAUACGAAAAUUUGGGGAAAUGACUGUUCCAGAUUGUGUAGUUUUUAGGGACGAUAUGGACUUGACUGUUACUGUUUUUGGUGGAUUGCUUUCGUUGGCUGCCUCAUGGAGACCAUACUAUAGCGAUGUAAGUUAUUCAAUUUGGCAAAUGAAAGAGUAUGGUGAUGCCAAAUCUUGGACCAAACUUUUCAAUAUUGAACAGCCGAUCAGAUAUGGAGACAGUUUUGUUGGAUUUAAGAAAAAUGGUGAGCUGUUUUUAGAUGUUGGUGGAGAGCUAACUUCUUACUCCAAGACCAAAAAUGGGAGUUGUAGACUUCGGGGCACUAAAAUUUCUAGAAUUGAGCCGUUUUAUUUGGACUCGUACGUAGAGAGUCUAGUUUUGUUGAAUGAAGCAAGUUGGAUCUCAGCUGACAAUCCUUCUCCAGGUAAUGAAGCGAAUAGAGUUUCAAAGAAGCAUUCUUCUCAUGUUCCUGAUCUAGACAACAAGAAGAAGAUUAUGGAGAGUCCUGAAAUAGUUGAUGAAGAAAAUAUAGUUUUGGAUGGAGAUGGUUCUAGUUCUAAGGAGAAGGAGAAGAAGAAGAAGAAUGGGAUGAACAUGGAGAGUGCUGAUGAAUUGCCUGGGAAGAAUAAUUUUAGUGCCAGUGCAGACACUGCUGAAAAGGAAGCUCAUAAAGCAGCAAAGGAUCUGCCUUCUUCUGGUUCCAAUGCAGACAAGAAGAAAGGGACAAAGAAGAAGAAUGAGUAA